AGCGGAGGGAUGAGCGGUGGGGUCGGGGGUGGCGGCCGUGGGGCGGAGGACCAGCCCGGUUCCCACCCGUUCGCCCCUUCGGCCUUGGGGACCCGACAGCAUUGGGAUACUACCUAUGAAAGAGAACUGCAAGCUUUUCAAGAAUAUGGAGAUACUGGGGAGAUCUGGUUUGGAGAAGAGAGUAUGACUCGAUUAAUCAGGUGGCUGGAGAAACAGAGGGUGCCCCUGGAUGCCUCUGUGCUUGACAUCGGGACUGGAAAUGGCGUUUUUCUGGUUGAGCUGGCCAAGUCCGGCUUCUCAAAUAUCACUGGAAUCGAUUACUCGCCAGCAGCAAUUCAACUUUCUCGAAGCAUAAUCGAGAAGGAAGGCUUAGCGAACGUUAAAUUGCAGGUGGAAGACUUUUUGAAUCCCACGAGCGAGCUCUCAAAGUUUGGCAUUUGCGUCGACAAGGGAACUUUUGAUGCUAUAAGCCUUCAUCCGGACAAUGCCACCGAGAAAAGGAAGCAGUAUGUAAAAUCUCUCUCCCGAGUCCUGGAAACUGGAGGGUUUUUCCUAAUUACCUCUUGCAACUGGACUAAGGAUGAGUUGCUCAGAGAAUUCAGUGAAGCAGGAUUCGAAGUUCUGGAAGAGCUGCCGACCCCCACGUUCCUCUUUGGAGGGAGCUCUGGAAACAGCGUCACGGCCUUGGUUUUCCAAAGAAAGGGAGAAGCCUCCCCAGACCGACUCGGGUAACUGCGGAGGAAAAGCCGCAUGGGAAAGCGGCUCCGUUCCCGGUCGAUCCGGGUGUCCACGGGGAGCAGGGUGGUGGCCCCGGGCACGGUCUGGAUCGUAAAAACACAAGCCUCUCCGAGCUCAACCCGGAGCAAGCCACGCUCUAGAACGAUCCGCUGUCCUGAUUGGAUCUGAACUGGAAUUAUUUUCCUCCUUGAUUUUUUCAGCCGUGUAAUUCGUGAAUAAUUUCACUGACAUUUUCCAGCAGCCAGUGAAUUAGUUCUGUGUGAUGGCGUCAACGUAGGCUCAUUAAGCGGAAGGGGAUAAAAGAGGUUGUGAGUCUUGAACGAUCGUGGGACCGUGCUUUUCGUGGGACUGUUUCGGGCAGGUCAGAACUGAUCGGGAAUCCCCGUAGUUGGUGAUUAUUUGGGAAGGGUAAUUAAACCCAAAAACUGAAAGGGGAGAAGCAAGUAGGGAGGGCAGAAGCCGACUACAAAUCGCUUCCUUUGCCUCUGGCCA